CCAUGCCAUAAGUAAUAUUUUUGCAGGAUAGCAACUUUGACAAUUAUUAUAACCUCUGUGGAAUCAAAUCUUGGGAUUUUUCAAUAAAUCCUUUUUGGAUUUUUCGUAUCCCAUUAAACAAAUAAAGGACAAUGUCUGACCUUCCCUACGGACCCCCAGUGCGCGUCUCACCAUUAAUCAGGUUUGGCCGCUGGUCAUUCCUUACUGCGGGUAUCCUAUACGGUGCCUUCCACCAGAACAGGCUCUCCAAGAAGGAGGCCAAGAUCCGGGAGAUUGAAGCCAAGGAGAAGGUCGUCAGGGACGCGAAGCUUAAGGAGGAGAAGGCCAUCGCUGCUGCUGCUGAGAUGAAGGCGCUCGAAGAAAUGGCAACCGCAAAGAAAUGAAGCCUUAUCGUCAACUAGUUAUAAGCAUACAGUGAUAGCAGCCAUCUUUAAUGUGUUGCCAGCGGUUAAAAUAUUGCUGGCAACAAUUCCAUCAUUGUUUAAAUGUAUUUAAUGAAUUAUAGGUGAUUAAUAAAUGGUGUUUUAAUUUA